CUGGUGCUCUAUUUAAUCCCAGCUACUGCCGCAUCCCUUCUCUCCCUCUUUAGUCAAUACAGCAGCAUCUAUUUUGCCUGGCCCCUCGCUCGCUCGCCCGCCCGCCUCUCUCCGCGCCUGGGGUUUGUGCCACUGCGGUUUGGAUCCAGAGAGAGAGAGCGAGACAGAGGGAUCCACCGGGGAGAAUUAAAGAGGCAGCGCGCCAGCGUUGAUUUCCCCCCUUUUUCCCCCAGUGGGGAGGGGGAAGGACUUUAAGUUUGCUAGAAACCCAGGAAGAGGACGAUUUCCCCUCCUCUCCCCCUUCGCCUUCCUGCCUUCCUCCUCUUCCCUCUUCCUCCCCCUCCCUCCCCCCGAAGGCAACCACCGGGACCCCCCACCCUCCCCAAGAUGCUCUCUCCGGCUUGCAACGUCUUAAUCCUCCUGGGGUCUUUCCUGAUCGCCGCCAGCCAAGGGAACCUGUCUCACGAUCGGAGCCAGCCGACGACGUCGGAUGAAAUCGUGGUCGCAGGCUCCAAGGUGCUCCUCCAGUGUGAAGUGGAAGACCCUGAUGACUCCUCUCUACAGUGGUCCAAUCCUGCUCAACAGACGCUCUACUUUGGGGAGAAACGAGCGCUGAGAGAUCUCCGCAUCCAGCUGGAGAGGUCUACGCCCAACGAGCUGACCAUCAGUAUCGACAAUGCGACCCUGGCAGACGAGGGCGAGUACACCUGUUCCAUUUUCACCAUGCCUGUGAGGACCGCCAAGGCCAUCGUCACUGUGCUGGGAAUCCCGCAAAAACCCCAGAUCUCUGGCUACUCCGAUCCUCUUAAAGAAGGAGACGUGGCCCAGCUGACGUGCUUCUCUUCUGGCAGCAAGCCGGCUGCUGAGCUCCGGUGGCAUAAGGGCGAUAAGCUGCUCUCAGCUGAACCUUCGGAAGUGGAAGAAGAUGCUAACGGGAAGACGUUCACGGUCACCAGCCGCGUAGAAUUCACCGUCGGGAAAGAGGACAAUGGCGUGGAGGUCACCUGCACAGUUGACCAUGAGUCCCUGCAGAACUCUGACAAGUCCACCUCCCAGAAGCUAGCAGUCUUUUACAAGCCAACAGCUGAAAUCAAAUCGUAUCCCGACAGCCCACGAGAAGGACAAAAUCUGAGGCUGCGCUGCGAUGGACGAGGCAACCCAAUCCCUCAGGAAUACAAGUGGGAGAAGCAGGGGGCUCAGGCACCCCUAGCCGAGGCCCAAGACAACAUCCUCGUCUUCGACAGUUUGAACAAAAGCGACAGCGGGACCUACAUCUGCUAUGCCUCAAGCAUUAUGGGCAUCUCCACGGCAAUAUACAACCUGAAUGUUCAUGAUGCAAGCCCCAUGACCCACAGUGGGAGCACGUACCACGCCAUCAUUGGGGGAAUAGUGGCUGUCAUUGUCUUCCUGCUCCUUAUCCUCCUCAUUGUUCUGGGUCACUACCUGAUCCGGCACAAAGGCACCUACCUGACCCACGAGGCCAAAGGCUCGGACGACGCCCCAGACGCAGACACAGCCAUUAUCAACGCCGAGGGCGGUCAAACUGGUGGGGAUGACAAGAAGGAGUAUUUCAUCUGAGUGGGGAGGGUGGGGCCUGGCGGCCGGGCAGCAGGGGGGAGGAGGAGGAGGAAGUGGCGGAUCGGAACCCAACCUCGACUGAAUGACAACAGAACCCACCCAACCAAUAUGUCAAAGGAAUUUCUCUCGCGCCCAGGAAGCAAUGGACGGACAGACAGAGGGAUGAUGGUGGGGGACCGAGAUCGGCGAGGGGACAGAGGAGGAACGAGAGAGAGAAAGAAGAUCAGCUUGGCUCACAAUGCUUCUUUGAACUUGUAUAAAACAUUGUUACUAAACGGGGGGGACACGCACCCGAACAUUGAGAACCCCUCAAAACCCCUUGUUCCUGCUUGCUUGUACUACAUAUCUGCGGCUGCCAAAAUCGCACUAAACACAGACCUGGAGAGUGAGUGAUGAUACCUUUCUUUCUUCCUUCCUUCCUUCCUUCCCUCCCUUCUUCCUUCCUUCCUUCUUUCCCUCCCUUCUUCCUUCCUUCCUUCCGGCUCCUUUUGAGGCUGUUUUAUCUUCUUUUUCGAUGGCGUACUCUUGUUUUUGACUCUUUUUUUCUUUUUCUUUUUACAAAAAAAGAGAAAAACCUCUGUUCUCGUUCCCUUAUGUUUGGAAUGUCUUGAAGUGGGGGCACUGUGGGGGUUUGUUGGGGGGGUUCGGAUGGUGUAUCUCUUGCCUUCCUUUAGAGUUGUUCUGCUUUUUCUGUUUUGAUGUCGAAGGAUCAAAUCCGCUUGUGUUUGGGGUGGGGAGAACAGACGUUGGGAGGAGAUCCCUUAAUCCUGCAUCUUAGGGGUCAAGCAAGACGGGCUGAACUCUGAGCAAGGGAGUGCUGGGCUUAUCAAAAUCAGGGGCUCGGCUCUAGGGCCUGGAAAGCCCCCCCCCUUUCCUACUGGAAGAGGAGGUGGACACAGCAAAGGGAACUUUCCUCCAUGCCUCCUCCAACUUCCUCAGGCCUUCCUCUGUGAUGGUCUUCAUUCGGGAAGGUUCUGGGAGCCAGGCUGAUGAAGGAAAGGCUCAAAUUUGGGGGGCAGGUUUGCUAUGACAAGCUCUGCCGAUUUUAUCCUUCGACGAGAUUUCGUUCCUCCGUUUGCGUCUCUUUGUUUCGAGAGGAGAAUGUCGUUGUGUGGUCCGUGUACCAAGGGAUGCCAGCUAGCCGGUUGCAGUCCCAACCCAAACCCAUGGCAAAAGAAGAAGAAGAAAGGGGGAGUUUGCUUUGAGGCUCCCCUGGUGUCCUUUAUGCUUCCCAGUCACGAGGGGGGGGGGGGAUUCGAGAGCCAGGUGCUUCUAAGGGGGCCGCUCAAAGAGAGAGGACUCCCAUCGCUGGGGUUUUCUCUUGGUUCGGAGCCCCGGUUUCUCAGUGCAAAAGGGUACCCGCUACCCUCCUGUGUCUUCCUUGGGUUAGAGAGGAAGCAAGGCAUUCCAGGGGGGAGCCCCAUAGCUCAAGGGCAGCUUCUAGUGCCAUCAGCCCAUUGGUGGGGAGAGUUGAAUGAGCAAGAUUUAUUGAGUGAUGCAAUUACAGUUCCCCAAUCUCCAGUGUUUGAUACUGAUUAGACCACAGGGUGUGUGGGGGGGGGAGCGUCAGCUGCGGUUAUUUCAACAUGCACACAAAUACACACCCUGCCAAAUCAAUUCAAGCCUGGAUCCAACACUGCAAUCAGAAACAGUGUUUCUUCCUCACAGGCAUACAUCUGAAGGUUGCACUCGUUGCGAAUGAUUCAGAUGCCCUGUUCACCACCGCCACAGAGGGAUAAACUAAUGCCUUUCCACUGUCAAUAAAAACUUGGGGGGUCCACCACUGUCCCCCCACUCCCCAAAUCAUGAAAUCUUGCUUUGUGAUCUCUAAAAGAACAACCGCCUCUGGUUCUUCCUUCCA